AUGACAAAUGACAAAAUCUCACAAUAUGAAAUUGAGACACGCGAAAUGGAGGCGAAACGAGAAGCUUUAUUGGCGAAAACACUUCGAAGACGAGAGCAAAUCGAACAGAGGGUUGAGGAGAUCGAAGCGAAGAACGCAGAAAGGCGACAAGCUGAACUCGAAAAGCAAGAAGCAGCUGAAAUGAGGAAACGAGAGCGUGAACUGCAAAGGCAAAAAAUUCUCGAAGAUUAUAAGCGGAAAAAGAUGGAAAGAGAGCUGGAGGCAAGCGGAAGUCAGAGUGGACGUGGACAUAGUCAGCCGCCCACACCAUCGAGACCGAAAAGCACGGUUGAAUUGGCGAGAUCGCGAACGCUAAAUCGCUCGUCGACACGUCCACAAAGCACUAUCGAUGACAGCAGUGCUCCGUCGUCGGCACGUGUCACUGUCCCGAGUACGGCUGAACCAACACUGAAACUAUUCUCGAAAUAUGUGCACAAAUCGAAUCGGUCGAUGAUCAUCAAUGCUCUGCAGUACUCUGUUUUUCCAGGAGCUGUUUCUGAUAAAAUGCGAAAUGAAGUAUUGGGUGAAUUGGCAAAGAGUGAUAGUAAACAUUUUCUGUUGCUGUUCCGUGAUCAAAAGUGUCGUUACAUGGGUGCAUACAGUUGGGAUCAGCAGUCUGAUACGGCACAUAGGGUUCACGGUCGUGGACCAAUUCUUUGCCAUGAAUCAAUGAUGCAUUUCAUGUUCAAAUACAGUCUUAUUCUUUAUCGUAGUCAUGGAAAGAAUUUCGAAACGGCUCCUUUAUGUUGGAUCAUUGGGAUGUUACUCAAUUGA